AUGGCGAGCCAGGUCAAGCCUGCCCCUGCAGCCCCAGGUGCCUGGGUUGAACCCCAAAAAAUUGACUACUCGGCCCUGAAUGGCGAUGGCAGCCAAGAAGUCGAGCAUUUUGAUGGAUCUGCACCGAUUUAUCAAUGGAACGACGACUUCGGUGAUGUAGGGCCCAAGUUUGAGGCCCUGGAGCUGGAGCUCUUCGGCGACCCGGAGACUCGUCACGAUCGCGCGGGAUUGGACUUCUCCAAGAUUGAGCAGAUCAGCGUCGAACAGGAAGGACCUGUCAGGAUCCAGCCACUUCGUACCUUCAAGGACGCAGCGUUGCAUCCUGUCAUGGCGGAAAACAUCAAGUUGAUGGGAUAUGACGCUCCUACGCCUAUCCAGAAAUACACUAUCCCAUCAAUGCUCCAAGGUCAUGAUGUGAUCGGCAUUGCCCAAACAGGAUCCGGCAAGACAGCUGCCUACCUGAUUCCCAUUCUGAGCAAGCUCAUGGGCAAGGCCAAAAAGCUGGCCGCUCCUCGCCCUAACCCGGCCACCUACCGUGAGGGCAUUGAUGCCGUCACGGCAGAGCCAUUGGUUUUGGUGGUCGCACCAACCCGAGAGCUAGCUGUGCAAAUCUUCAACGAAGCUCGAAAAUUCUGCUAUCGCUCCAUGCUACGUCCAUGUGUCGUGUAUGGUGGCCUGCCUACGGCUCAGCAGAUCAGUUUGUUGAGCAAGGGAUGCGACAUUCUUGUUGGCACGCCUGGGCGGCUAGUGGAUUUCAUAUCCCGUCCGCACAUUUUAACUCUUCGUCGCCUUAAGUAUAUGAUCAUCGAUGAAGCUGAUGAAAUGCUGGAUUCUGACUGGAACGACGAACUAAGCCAGGUCCUCUCGGGUGGAGAACAAGACGAGGGCAACGUCAAGUACGGUCUUUUCUCAGCCACGUUUCCCAAGGCUGCUCGUGACCUUGCCAAGGAUCAUUUGUCGGCGGCUCAUGUCCGAUUCCGAGUUGGCAGAGCUGGUAGUACAACGGAAAACAUUAAGCAAGUGAUACUGGCCACAGAGCGAGAUGAGAAGCGCGAUACCCUUCUUCGCCUUCUUAAUCAAAUGACCGGUGUGAGAACCAUCAUCUUUGCCAAUAGCCGAAGAGAAGUGGACAAUCUGGAUGAUUUCUUGUACAACAUGGGGCUCCCGGUCACCUCCAUGCAUUCCGAACGAACUCAGAAGGAACGUGAGGCCGCACUGCGUUCUUUCCGUGCUGGCCAGGCGCCGAUUCUCAUUGCCACCGGAGUAACUGCUCGCGGUAUUGAUGUCCGUAACGUCAUGCAUGUCAUCAAUUAUGACCUCCCGUCCAUGGAACAUGGUGGAAUCGAAGAGUACACGCAUCGUAUUGGUCGAACGGGACGUAUUGGGCAUCGAGGGUUGGCCACCUCCUUCUUCGAUCCUGUGAAUGAUGAUUCCAUGGGUAGCGUUCUCACUAGGACCCUCCUUGAAACAAAGCAGGAGGUCCCAGAGUUUCUGCAGGUGUAUCUUCCAGAAGGGGAUGCGGCGGUUCAUCUUCGCUUUGAGACGGAGUCUGACUAUGACCCUGCCGAAGCACAGGGCCAAGAGCAAGCCAAUGGUACCUCGGGCAACGACUCUUGGGGAGGAGGGCAAGCAGAGGAUACAAAUGGUACUGGUUCUGGAUGGGGCCAUUCCAACACCGAUGCUGCGACUUCUCCGGCUCCUGCCAACAACGGCUGGGGAGGUGAGGCUGCUCCAACUGCUCCCGCUCCUGCCAACAACGGCUGGGGAGGUAAAGCUGCUCCAGCUGCUCCAACUGCUCCAGCUGCUCCAACUGCUCCAACUGCUCCAACUGCUCCCGCUCAUGCCAACAACGGCUGGGGAGGUGAGGCUGCUCCAACUGCUCCGGCUACUACAAGCAACGGUUGGGGAGGUGAGCCUGCCGCGCCUGCUCCAGUUCCUACCAAUAACGGUUGGGGAGCUGGUGCUCAAACUGUGUCUGUCGGUUGGUAA